AUGCGUCUUUUGCCGGUUCUCACAACGUCCGUACUGGUCGUAGGGGCCAUUGCUGGCCCUACCCCAGCUCCGGCAUCGUCAACUAUACUCGCAAGCUCGCAAGGCCCGGAUGAAGAAUCCAUUGCCGCCCUGGCCCAGAGCAUCGCAGAGCCUACCACCACCGCCGCCCCUGCAACCGCCGCAGGGUCAUCGGCAGCCGAGGCAGCCGACGCGCCCCUUGCAUCGAGCAUUGUCCCGGCUGCUCCGCAAGAGUCUACCAACGACCACAUCCCUGCGCAGGGCUCCCAACCGGCUACGACUGGCCCCAGCCCUGAGACAUCUGCACCUGCAGCCGGAUCUGCCUCCACUGUCGCAGUGGAUGGUACCCAGGCUCCCACAACCCAACAGACGGAGGCAUCCUCGCCUGCUGCGACACCCUCCAGCACCGGAACGGCCAGUAGGGAAGCCUCGGGUCUUUCGGCAGACCUCGAAGGUCUUCUCUCAUCCCUCACAGGGUCCAGCAGCAGUAGCAGUAGCACCGCGAGCCUUGGAGGCAUUUUCGGUGACCUUGAGGAGCUACUUCAGGGAAUAAAGAACCUACUGGAUCCCGGAUUCCUCAAUGAGGUUACGAGCACCUUCAAGUAUCUGUCCACCGGCCUCGCUCCACCGGUGGACACCGACCUCAGAACGGUCGUGACCAAUGCGAACACCCUUCUGAGCUCCUCAUUCGUCAGCAAGGUGGACAACUUGAUCGAUAAUGCCAACGAGCUUUUGACUAAAGAGAACACCAAUGAGAUCAUGGGCCUUAUUAAGAAUGCCAACAAGCUCCUGUCGCCGUCAUUCGUCACAAAGGUGGACAGCCUUAUCGACAAUGCCAAUGGUCUUCUUACUUCUUCCUUCGUUUCAAAGGCGGAAAACCUUAUCGACAACGCCAGCGAGCUAUUGACUGCAGACGAUACGAAAGCCAUCAAGAGCCUGGUUAAUAAUGCAAACGAUCUCCUGACACCAAGCUUCGUCUCCACCACCGGCAAGCUGAUCAAUCAAGCCGGCCCUCUUAUUUCAAAGGCUGGUCAGCUCCUUGGAGGUGAUAACGUGGAUGCAAUUGAAACCCUCAUAUCAAACGCCAACAGCCUCCUGACAUCCAGCUUCGUGAACCAAACCUCCAGUUUGAUCGAGGAAGCCAGCGCCCUCUUGUCCCCAUCCAUCGUCGAUACACUGACAGGCCUGCUGGGCAGUGUGGUCUCUCUGCUUCCUGAGCUCAAGUCCUUCCUCAAGCCGGCUACCUUUACAGCCCUGGAGAACCUCCUCACCAAUGCCAACAAACUGCUUACAGCACAGUUUGUGCAACAAACAUCAAGUCUUAUUAGCGAAGCGGACGGCCUAUUGACGCCUGCGCUUGUUAAUGGUCUGAAGGAGCUUCUUAACGAUGUGGUGACGAUAAUGCCCGAGCUGAAGGGCCUCCUCACAAAGUCUACUAUUUCAUCCAUCACAUCACUCCUAGGCAAUGCCAAUAGCCUCCUCACCCCACAAUUCGUCAAAGAAACGUCGGCACUGAUCAGCGAGGCCGGUGAACUAUUGACCCCUGCUAUCGUGGACGGACUGAAGUCGCUCCUGGUUAACAUCUCGCCUCUCAUCCCGGAGCUCAAGAAGUUGCUCACACCGUCCACGCUUUCAUCCAUCACAUCGCUCCUGGGCAACGCCAAUAACCUCCUUACCCCCCAAUUUGUUAAUGAGACAUCAGCACUGAUCAGCGAGGCUGGUGAUCUAUUGACUCCCGCUGUUGUUGAUGGGUUGAAGUCGCUUCUGGUAGACAUCUCUCCUUUAAUCCCAGACCUCAAGAAGCUGCUCACGCCAUCCACGCUUUCCUCCAUCACAUCGCUCCUGGGCAACGCCAAUAACCUCCUGACCCCUCAAUUUGUCAAUGAGACGUCGGCACUCAUCAGCGAGGCUGGCGAUCUAUUGACUCCCACUGUUGUUGAUGGGUUGAAGUCGCUUCUUGUGGACAUCUCUCCUCUAAUCCCAGACCUCAAGAAGCUGCUUACGCCGUCCACGCUUUCGGCCAUUAACUCCCUCUUGACGAAUGCCAACAAUCUAUUGACCGCUAAGUUUGUCAAAGAGACUUCAAACCUUAUCAGCGAGGCUGAUGACCUCUUAUCCCCCGGACUGGUGAGCGGGCUGAAGGAAAUUCUCAACGAUGUCGUCCCCUUGCUCCCGCUCCUCACGGACACAUUGCUUACGCCGUCCAUGCUCCAUUCGCUGGGAUACCUGGUCACGAACGCAACCGAUCUUCUCACCCCAACAUUUGUCUCGGAGACUUCAAGCCUCGUCAGUGACGCAGAUUCUCUUCUUACCCCACGGAUUGUGGGUGGAUUGAAGGACUUGCUGACGGACGUCGUCCCGCUUGUCCCUGCUAUCAAUGAGACAUUACUGCAUAACUCCACCAUCCACUCGCUGGGAUACGUCUUGACCAACGCAACCACAUUGCUCAACCCAGCAUUCGUCAAUGAAACAUCCAACGUUGUCAGCCAUGCUGAUGACCUGCUUACACCGUCGACCGUCAGCUCCCUGGGCGAACUGCUAGCCGGCGUGGAUGCUAUCAUGCCGGACCUUGCAACAUUGCUGACACCAGACACCUUCAAGGAGCUGUCCUCGCUGCUUGAUAACGCCGACAAUCUCCUCACGCCCAAGUUUGUAAACGAGACUUCGACCCUCAUUAGCGACGUCAGUGCAUUCCUGCCGUUGAUUGAUGCUAUAUUGAAAUCGCUGUAA